AUGGCCCGGGUCAUCAACCUGGUCAACGACCUGGUCCUACGGAGAGAUAAAGAGUCUGAACACCGCGAAAACCUAGCGAAUACGAUCCGAGUAUUGCGAGCAAACGAGUCGGAGCAGACUUUGGAGAUACUAACCGCUUUUCGCUUCCUACAGAACAAGCUCAAAACAAAGAAGUCGGAAUUGACCAGAUCCUUAGCUCUGACGGAAGCUUCAGAGCGCGCUCUCCAGUCAAACAUGGCCGGCGCAGAGGCAACAAUCAGAGCACUCAAAGAGCAAGUGCAGCGCAUGAAAACUACCGUCCAACAAGUACGCGCGCAAUGCGCCAACGAUAUCCGGAAGCGAGACCUCGAACUCCAGAAGCUCAAAUCACACCUUGCGGAACGGCAGCGGGGCAAACGUGACGGAUUGGCCGUGACCACGAUUAACAUCAACCCUGCCGCCGACCGAUCGCGACUUAGAGCCAGCGGGGGCGAUGACAUCAACAAACCGGGAUACAGCCUCGAACAGGAGACUACUGAAUUCCUCACCCAGCUAUGCCAGGGUAUGAGUGACGAAAAUGACACGCUGAUCGAGCUUGCCCGAAACACCAUUGAAACGCUGAAGGAGUUGCAGGGGCUGCCACAAGCGGACGAGGGGCAAGAGAUCGACGAUGUCUCCGGCAUGGCUGCAAGUACGGGUCCCCAGAAAUCAACCCCAGGAGCUGUAGCGACGCUUCCUACGUCAUGCGAGGAGCUGUCUGCACGCAUGGAGAUGGUGCUUGAUCACCUGCGCACACUACUUACCAAUCCAUCGUUCGUGCCUCUUGAAGAGGUCGAGAUCCGUGAUGAUGAAAUCAAGCGGCUCCGGGCGAGCUGGGAGAAAAUGGAGAACAGAUGGAAGCAAGCAGUCACCAUGAUGGAUGGAUGGCAGCGGCGCCUGGCCGAUGGUGGAGACUCCGUGCGCAUGGAUGAGUUAAAACGCGGCCUCAACCUGGAUCUGAGCUUCCAAUCGGAAGACGUCAGUAUGCAGAGCCACGACAACCACACGAUCUCACCCAUUAUCGAAGACCAGCAAGAAGAGGAACAGAUGAGCGGGACCGAAGAUAAUGCGCCUGAACCCGAGCCUGAAGAUCUUCCGCAGACGAGGUCGAAGAUCCGCAAGGUGCCUGAGCGUUCCGAGCGAGCACUGCGGGAACGCAGCGAUAAUGCUCCUGCGCGGCCCAAAAGGCUCCGCAAGGUGUCAUUUACGCCUGGUCUGCAAGGGUCACCGUGUGUGCCCAGCGAAGACGAUGAAACACUCCAGGUCAAGGCGCACAAAUCCGAAACCGUAACGCGCAGACCGUCUCGUCGAAGGGCAGACUCCAAAUCAACACGCCAGGCCAGCGACGAAAGCAUGAGCGUUACGCAAAAACUAGCAGCCGCCGAGGACGAAGCUCGCUCCGCUGAACAUUCACGCAAACAACGCGAGACUCGAAAGCGAAGUCGACCGGAAAAGUCAUCCAGCCGGCCUGGUAAUCGGCGCCGCAGUACACUCACCAGUGAUGAACUGGAAGAUCUUAUGGGCCCACGGCCCUCAUCUGCGAGGGGACACCGUCUCAACGCAAGAACGCAUCUCCGUUCGAUUGACCGCGGUUCUCCACCCGACCCCACAAGCACGACCUUGAACCCCCAGAAACAUCAAUUGAAACAUACCUUGCUCAAGUUCCCAGAUCCAACUCUGCUUUUUCCCCCCAUUCAAGCAAUCAAUCCUUCAAAAUGCCAACAGCCGCAUCCGCACCCCCCAGUCAAAACCUUCAACGGCUGGGUCGCCCGCGACGCCAAAAGCGCACUCCAAUACACCACCUUCGAGCCCAAACCCUUCACAGCAACAGACAUCGAGCUCCGCAUCACCCAUUGCGGCAUCUGCGGCUCGGACAUCCACACCCUGCGCUCCGGCUGGGGCCCCACCGACUAUCCCUGCGUCGUGGGCCAUGAGAUCGUCGGCAUAGUCGAGCGGAUUGGCGCCGGCGUCCCGACGCUCUCCUCCUCGCCCGCAUCAGCCUCCAUCCGCGUCGGUGACCGCGUCGGCAUCGGCGCACAGAGCGGCGCCUGUCUGCGCGCGGAGUGCGAGGCGUGCGCGGACGGCGAGGAGAGUUACUGCCCGCGCAUAACGGGCACGUAUAACGGGCGAUAUGCGGACAAGAGCAAGUCGUAUGGCGGGUAUGCGGAGCGGUGGCGGGGGCCGGCGCAUUUCGCGUUCAAGAUUCCGGACGGGCUGCCUUCGGCGGAGGUUGCGCCGUUGCUGUGUGGCGGGGUUACGGUUUAUGCGCCGCUGAAGAAGUAUGGGGUUGGGCCGGGGAAGACGGUGGGGAUCGUGGGGAUUGGGGGCCUGGGGCAUAUGGGGAUCCUGUUUGCGAAGGCGCUGGGGGCGGAUAAGGUGGUUGCGAUCUCGCGGUCGUCGAGUAAGAAGAAGGAUGCUGUGGAGGGACUGGGGGCGGAUUUGUUUAUUGCUACUGCGGAGGACAAGAAGUGGGGGCGGACGUAUGAGAGAAACGCUGGAUGUCAUUGUGUGUACUGUUUCUGGGCCGAAUAUGCCGUUCGCGCAGUCGGCGCGCCUGAGGAUGCAUUGCCUGCGUUGCCGGCUUACUCGCUCAUUCAGAAGGGAGUCAAGGUUACCGGGUCGAAUAUUGGGUCGCCGGAAGAUAUCCGGCAGAUGCUCAAGCUUGCUGCGGAGAAGAGAGUGCUUCCUUGGGUGCAGAAGCGAGCCAUGAGCGACGUCAACCAGGCGUUGGAGGAUUUCGAGGCCGGAAAACCGCGGUAUAGGUUUGUUCUACAGAAUGGCAAGAGUGCGCGGCUCUAA